GUAAAGGCGGUGGAGAUUACAGCUGCGUCCGUUGCUUAGACACACUUGAAAUCAUGAACAUCUCUAAAGUUAGCGACAGCUUAUAUUUUAACGUAUCGUGAGAAAAUAAUGUGGCAGUUUCACAGCAACAGUUUCUUUUUUUAUAUAUGUACAUUUAUCCUAAAGUUAUAUUCUUAUGCAGUCGUCUGACAACAAAAACUCUGCACCUGCGGCAUCAGUUCAAGUAACAGGGGAUCAACACAAUAUUUGUAAACCUAUCGACUCCAGAUGUCGUUCUGCCUGGCGGAGCUGUAUUUGUGGUCCUUCAAAAACAGCCUGCAAGUCCCAGAUACAGAUAUUGGCACACACCAACUCUAUGAAAAAGGAGAACCAGCCCCUCCUACUGAUCAGCAUUACUACAAUGAGAAACAGCAGUUUGCAGACAGUCGUGGUUACCCAUGGUUCCUUAGUAACCGUCGCCCAGAGAAGCUGCGUGAUGCCCUAAAGGAACUAGAGGAGCUGCUGCAGUCGUGCCCGGUCAUGAGUGUCAGAUGGAGAAGCAAGCAGUGCUGUCAGAUGCUCUUGAGAUCAGGUGUGCUGGUGACCCUGAUUCUGGGCGGAGCUCAGGUUGAACGGGUGGUCAUUGACAGAACUCUGGUGGGGCGAUUACCUGCUGACACCAUCAGUGACGCGGUGAUUGGCGAUCGCUUCCUGCUGUUCUCGCUGAUGGAGAGGAGUCAGGUGUGUCAGGUUUACCUGAACAGGAAGAACCAGAGCUCACCUGAUCUAGCAAGACACAUGGAGAAACUCACAGCUGCAGAGAUUAAGGUUUCAGUGGUGGACAUACCUGGUGGAGGGCGGCGUGUGGAGCGUCACGUGGGGCUGAACCGGACACAGGACGUGGCUGUGUGCUGGUGGUCGCUCUGUAACGAGGAGGUUAGGCCUUGGUCUCCCAUCCCUAGUGCAGCAGACAGAGCCAACCUAGUGCUGCUUGCCUGCUCCGACACCCCUGGGCUCACGGUUUUGAGCUCUAUCCGAACGGACGGCAAUCCUAUAGACUGCAGAUUUAGUCUGACCCAACCCUACCAUAUCCUGACCGUGGAGCUGCACCAAGACACCAAACACUCCACAUCUGAGUCCCUCGAGGAGACUCAUCCUCCUGACAUCCAAACCUGUGUGUAUGAAUUGACUCGUGGCCGUCUCCAACGUCUGUCCAGCACUUCUUUAUCCGUCACAUCCAAACCUAUAACCUGUAGUUGUGACCCGUUGGAGCGUUGGGUUGUUCUGGGGCUUCAAGAUUGCUCUGUGGUUCUUUUCGACCCACAGACAGGCCUCUCCCAGUGGGCCACUUGCUCCAUGAUGCCGGCGGUGCUAGCAUGGCAUCCUUCUGGAUCUUUGCUAGUGGUGGGUGGGGGUCAAGGCGAGCUUCAGUGCUUUGAUAUGGGCCUCUCUCCUCUCCCACUGCGGUUAGUGAGUGAAGAACCGGUCCCUGGCUCUGUAGGCCCCAGCCUGCAGCUCUCUCAACACUUCAAGACCUCUGAGGGGCUAGAGGGGAUCCAAUGGGCCUACUGUCCGAUAUCUCAGGGAAACGAGAGUCUGGAGGUGCAUGACUUGCUGCUGCUUCGGUUUCAUGGAGGACCACUUGCUGCGCUGAGGUUAAAACUGGGUGUGUUUAAUGGUGCUCAGUUUAGCCCAUGUGAUCUGAUACUGCACCGUCUGCGCUGUGAGGAGGUAGAUGCAGCUCUGGGAAUUCUGGGUAACAUGGACUGGGCUAUUAUGGGGGCAGAGUGUUACAGGUCACUCAUCUCCAUCACCGAUCACCUGCUGAGAAAACCACUGGACCAGCAGACUGAAGGCCAGUUGGAAGCAGCUCUGGGGGUGUUUUAUGCCCCCUGUAGACCUCUCUCAAACACUGUCAUACUGGAGUACAGGGACCCCAUCAGCAGAUACGCCCGACGAUUCUUCCAUCACCUUCUCAGACAUCAGCGCUUUGAAAAGGCCUUCUUGCUGGCCGUAGAUAUUGGCGCUAGAGAUCUGUUCAUGGACCUCCAUUACGUGGCAGCAGAUAAGGGUGAGGUGGUGUUAGCCGCUGUAGCCAAGAAGAAGGCUAAUGAAAUAGACGCAGAGGCACAAACAUCAGCACCAGAUGAGUGUCAAUCAGCGUAUGGAGGGCAGAGUGGAGUCAAACUACCAGUAACCUGCAGCGGGAGACAUGUUCAUGACCUCAAACACUGGAGCACUGCAGCAAGGGCUGGAGAAACAUCUUCCUCCGAGGCUCAGGAUGACCUCUCAAACACACAGACAAGUCACAGCAGCUGGCUUUGGAAGCCCACAGAAAUCAACCUUGUUGACCAGAACACCCAGGAUCCUGAGGAGGGGAACCUAAAAGUUAUUCAUUUUGGUUUAGUUUAAAUAGACAGUUUUUUGUUAUAUAUAUAUAUACACACACACACACACACACACACACACACACACACACAC